AGUAAGGCUCACCUGCAGAAACACACCGGGACCUGGACCGGAACUCCAGGACCUGAGAUCUCUGAUCCACAGGCAGACUCACAGUCCGGAUGCAGGUCCGAGUCCCGCCUCUCUGCUGCCAAUCAGACUGAUCAGUCAAUCAAUCAGCACAACCAUCGACACCCAUCACUUUGAAGUGAUGACGUCACUGUGUGAAAGUCUGGCCCGCGGGAGCUGAUCGAUCACUUUUCAGAUCCAGUUACAGCUGGUGUUCCUCCUGAGACCCAUCAAUUCAUUUCUGUCCUCUGUGGGGACAUGAUGUUCAGCCCUGGAUUUUAAACAUUACACUUGCUUAGUGCUUGCCUUCCCAUCACUCCCAGUCCUUCAAGGCCCCCCAGCCCACCAGCAGUGUCCAGAUGCUGCCGGCUUCCAUCCAGAUCACUGGGGAGCUGUUGUCAGCGGCCGAAGUCCAGGACAUCUGUGAGAGUCUGAAGGAAGACGGAGUCCGCCUGCUGUCCGUUCGCGGCUGUCAGCUCUCAGACCGGGACUUUGAACGGGUCUGCCGCAGUGUUGCAGAGUCACGCUCGCUUGCUCAGCUCAACCUGAAUUUGGGCGUGGUCUCUAGCAUCAGCCGCACACGUCACUUGGCGGAUGCCCUGAAGACCAACCGGUCCCUGCAGACCCUGUUCCUCCAUGGUAGCCCGCUGCUCGAUGCCGGCCUGGUAACCCUGAACCCAGUACUGUCCACCCACCCUUCCCUAGUCUGUCUGGACCUGGGAGACUGCAUGCUGGGAGACGAGGCACUGGCUCUGGUCUGUGGCAUGCUGCCACCAGAUGGAGCCAAGUCAGGUCUGAGGGAGCUGACUCUCAGUGCCAAUCCAGGAAUCAGCUCCAAAGGCUGGGCUCGACUCUCCAUCGCGGUGGCUCACAGCUCGCAGCUCCGGGUUCUGAACCUGGACUACAACCCUCUGGGCGACCAAAUCGCAGCCAUGCUGGCCGUCACCGUGGCAUCCAGCAGAACCCUGGAGGUACUGGACCUAGAAGGAACUGGAUUAACCAACCAGUCAGCACAGGUGUUCCUGGACAUGGUGGAGAACUACCCAACCAGCCUGCGGGUUUUGGUUCUGGCAGAGAACCACAUCAGUCCAGAGCUGCAACAACAGAUCAAUGAUUUACUGGCUGAAGGGGAGGAGGAUGACGACAGAGAGGCUCCGCCCCUGCUGCGAGGCCCCGCCUACAACAAAGCUCUUCAGCCAAUCAGAGAGAAAUACCAACUCCCCGUCUGGCUUCCCUGCAGCAACUCCGGACCCCAGAUGGUCAUGCUGACUUCAGGUCUAGGUGAGAGCUUAUUGGCUGAGACUGAAAUGUGACCCUUCCCAAAGUCACACCCACUUAGAAUUCUCUCACUUCCUGGAUGAAUGUUUGUUUUUCUGCACUUCACUUCACUUGAUGGCUUGCAGCCAAUCACGUGCUCUGCAUGAUCUUAGGUUUGCACCUGGGAUAGGGGCGGGGCUUGCAGACAGGUGAUUGUUUCACAGGUGUGUUGUUUCUACUGAAUGUAUUUGUGUUUUUGUUGAUUUGUUCUGCUGCUAUGAUGUCACAAUAAUAAAACUGUUUACAGCUUCGUAAGAA